UGUCUAGUACAAUAUAAUCAGAUCCUCUCAGAGUCAAGCCCCUUUCCUUACUGAAGGCAGCCUGGAAUUGCUCUGCUUGUGUGAGAGAGAGAGACAGACUGAUUGUGAUUUUCCUGUGCAGUGCUGCUGUCUCCAUUCUGAGCCUAGCCAGGAGGGGACAGAGAGCUCUCUGCACUAGAGUGGAGUUUGCCAUUUGCUGUGGGCUUCCUUGCCUCUCUGGCAUUUCUCCGUGGGCAGGGAAUCUUUGGGAGCAGAUGCCUUGGAGGGGCUGGAUCCUUCCAGUACUAGGUUGAGCUUCACAAGCCCCAUUACCUUUCUCGACUGGGGUUUGGUUUUGGCUGGGGGUUUCUGCAGCCUUUCCAGCCCAGCUCUUGCCUUUCACGCUAGCGAACUGGAGUGAACUGGGGCUCCUCUGAUUUUUUUUCUGGAAAGUUUUUUUCCUCCUGUCCAACCUCCCCCCUCCCCAGUUGAUUGUGAAAUUCUGUUUGGAUGGGCUUGAACCUUCUGCACCUUUUGGAUUCUGUUGCCUGACUGAGGCUCUCACCCAGGCUCUCAGCCACUUGUUAUUAUUCAUAAUUAUUUUUGCUCCUUUCCUACCUGUUGGCUUGUGGCGGAGGAAGUUUCUGCACUUCUGGGUUUGCGAGGAUUUUGACCUUCUCAGUCCCUCUGGAUUCCCUGCACUCCAGGAUGCUGUUGCUGCUGGGGAUGAGGAUGUUAUAAACUUCUAGAGGGGGCAGAUAUAUUUUCUCCCCCCCCCAUUUCCCUAUUUGGAGAGGAUACAGAUCUGAGGUGUUGAGUUUGGCUUGCUCCUUGUUUUUUUGUUUUUUUUUUCUCCUCUGAGGAGAUUGAGGGAAGAUCCCAGUUCUUUUUAGUAGCUGAUUUGCUGGGGCAAUCUGAAAUUUCUGUCCUCGGAGAGUGAUCUGUAUUGAUCUGCUGGCUUCCCUUGGAGCUUCUAGCCAAGGACCUUAUGGGAUUUUCCUUCAGUCGACUUCAUGUUCUAGGGUUUCGGUGGAGCUGGCCAUGAUGUUACGGUUCCUGGUGGCUGCCCUCUUCCCAGCUGUGAUCCUGGCUGCGCCACCUCCCAUUAACAAACUGGCCCUUUUCCCAGACAAGAGUGCGUGGUGUGAGGCGAAGAACAUCACCCAGAUCGUGGGGCACAGUGGCUGUGAGUCGAAGUCCAUCCAGAACAGGGCCUGCUUGGGACAGUGCUUCAGCUACAGCGUCCCCAACACCUUCCCUCAGUCUACGGAGUCCCUGGUGCACUGUGAUUCCUGCAUGCCCGCGCAGUCCAUGUGGGAAAUCGUGACGCUGGAGUGCCCGGGCAACGCCGAGAUCCCCAGAGUCGACAAGCUGGUGGAGAAGAUCCUCCACUGCAGCUGCCAGGCCUGCGGGAAGGAGCCGAGCCACGAGGGGGCGCUGUUCAACGUCUACCUGAACGCAGAGGAGAACCUGCCCGCCGAGGGCCCCAGCCCCCAUCACUACGCGCACCACCAGCAGGAGGCGGAAGAGGCUCCUGUCUCCAACCACCACCGCGAGGAGGGGCGGGGCGGCGAGGAGUGACCCACGCUCUCCAGGACUGUCCUUCCAGCCUGCAGUGCGGACGGGGGGUGGUGCACGGGGGAGGGGGUGGGGCUGCGGGGUGUCUUACCUGUCUACUAACUACCCAUCAUGCUUUGCUCUUAGCGGCGCAGUGGGGUGGGCAAGAACGUCCGAGGUGCAGACGGAGCUUGGGCUGAGACGUGGGGAUGGGAGCGUGGGGGGGGAUCUGAGCAAACCUACUUGCACAUCAUAGUGAUAAUAUAUUGUGAGAGGGCGGGAGGUUAGGGGCAGCAGCUGGGAGGGGCAGGACGGGACCCCUCAGGGCCUGAGGUUGGCACAGACUGGCUCUGCAGGGUUUGGAACCGGGCUUCAGAGCCUCUUAUGCUUUCUCUUCCUUUACUUCCGUAGUUUUAACGGACUCUUGCUGGGGGACCAGCCUCUCUUUGCUCCACCUCCUGCUGCUUUCCUGGGAUGUCUGCGAGGGUGAGCUGUUUCCCACAGCCUCCUGGGAGUGGGGUAUCCCUCCAGCCUCCUGAGGGUGUAGGGCAGGGGUGCCCUGCCUCUCUGUUGUCCCUCGGGGUGGGUGGUGUAGGGAGACUUCAACACUGAGGCCUUGGCUAGGGGAAAAGAAGAUCUUUCUUUCUCCAUACCCAGAGGAAUUCGCUGAUUGAAACUGCACCCAGCUCUGGGUUCAGGCAAGUCUUGGUUCUUGCUUUGCCCCGAAUGUGACUCCAGGAGGGAAAUGGGGGCGCCUAAGAAGGGUUUUAUCCCCAGUGCUGGUUAUCCGCGGGACGGAGAUGGUGUGUGCUGGGCAUGCUGGGCUUUGAGGGUGGGAGGAGAUGCACAUGCAUGCUGGGGCCUGGGACAGGAAUGACAUGGUGGCCUAUCAGGGGCCAGGAGGGCUGGUGGAAGGGAGUGGGGGGGGGUCCUAGGGACUCUGUAUUUCUCCAGCACUCCCAUGCUCUGUAUUCUUUGGAUCUUAUUGGUCUUGCCCCAGAAAACAGUGUGUUUCCACUUGCUCAUGUCUCUGGGUUUAUUGAUGGACCCUGGCGCUCCCUCCCAUCCCUCGUCCUCUGGUGUGGGUCAAGGAGAAGCAGAGCAAGGGGCAGGAGGGACUCUCCUUGCUUGCUGCCUAGUCUGAGUCCACUGCAAACCUGGUGUGCACCCAGCUGAGAAGGAAGAGCUCCCGUGCGGGAAGGCGGGGCCUGCUGGGGAGUGUCAGGGGACUUGGGGGAGGCCGAUAUUGCUUAGGGGAGAGGAGAAUCCAGGCAGCCCUGGCAUCUCCACAACUUGGGAAGGGUCAGUGACUGGGAGAUAUUCAGCCACUCAGAGUCGGAGCUGGAUGCUUGCUAGCCUGAGUUGCUGGUUGCUCCCUUCCCAGGGGCCAGCCAGAAUUGGGGCUCGAGGCCUAAUGUUUUACAAGUGGACCCAGAAACCUUCCUUCCUCUCCCCACCUCACCGCGCAGCCAAACCUCCUGCCAUAUUUGUGUCUGUUCCCAAUGGUUCUGUAAGGAGCUGUUGGGCAUGGAGGGGUCUCUCUCUGCUCCGCCUGGCACCUGAGAGAGGGGCCCUUCUGGCUCGCCUGGCUCGUGUGCACCUCGCUCUCGCUGAUGGGAGGGAGCCAGGGUGCACAGUGAGCACUGGGGAUCCUCGCUCAGUAUGGAGCUUGGUUGAGCCAGCAACAGAUUGGGUGGCAUCCCUAUACCAGGGAGUCUGGGCACAGCUGGGGUACGUGCCAUAGACUCUUUUCCAAUGUCCCCUUCCCGCCUUGGCUUCUCUGCAGCACUUUAACAGACAGUGGAGGGAGGGGGUGAGUUGAUCUCCUUGACGGGAAUGGAACUUAGCUGGGAAUUGCUCCUUAUCUCACCUUCACACUGCCGGGGAUGGGGAAGACGUUUGGUUGGGGACCUGGGGGCCAGCCCUGCCUGUCUAGCUAGCCACCUUCGCUCUGUUGUAUAAAGCUGAUCUCUUUGUUGCUGCUCUGACAAAAGCUUCCAGAGCUUGUAAUCAAUAUAUUUUUCCUUUUGACGGGAUUUUUUUCUUAAAUAAAUUAGUUUUAACUUCCA